AUGUCGGAAUUUCCCCAGCUAUGUUCUGACUGUUUACUACCAGACUCAAAAAACAUCAAGAUGAUUCGUCAGCCAGCUGGCGAAGAGUGCAAACUAUGUACUCGUCCCUUUACCGUAUACAGAUGGCCAGGACCUAAAGGACACAACAGAAUGAAGAAGACCAUCGUUUGUGGCACUUGUCUGAGAGUGAGGAACUGCUGUCAGAGCUGUAUGGUUGAUGUUUACUUCAAGAUUCCUUUGGAGAUCAGAGACGCUGCGUUGAAGAUGGCAGAUAUAGAGAACCCAUACUUGAUGGAACAGAGCCAGAACCGAGAAGUGAAGGCGCUUAUGGCCGAGAAGAAGGAGAAUAAGGGCUUCAAGACUGAGGGGCAACGUGAGAAGGCCCAGGAGAUUUUGAAUACGCUAGCUGAACGUCUUGGGAAACAGAAACCUGCUCCUAUAUCUUCCCCACAUGAACAAGAGACAGCCACUGCUAAGGAUCUCAGUAAGAUUGUUUCAAAACUACCGUUUGGAGCAAAUUUGGAGGUUCCUAAGGAUGAGACGGUCAAAUCGUUCUUUGUUUUUGGCUUUGACCCACAGAUGCCUCAGUAUGUGGUGAAAGACUACUGUGAAAAGGUGGUGGGCGGCUCGGUUUCUGUCAAAAUGGCACACCGUGCCAGAUGUGCAUUUGUUACGUUUGGUUCGAGACAAGAAGCUGAGCAGUUUGGUGAAAAGUUGGGGACUGCCAAAAUCAGCAAGUCAGACAAGACAGCAGCGCUUGUUAUUCUAGAUAAGAAGUACCCUGUACGUUUUUGCUGGGGCUCCCCAAAAUCGCUAGGAACUACAGGGACCGAACAGGGUAAGAUCGGAUCGGUUGUUGUGAAGGUCAUGAAACAGUUAUCUGAGAAGGAUGCUAGUGAUAGACCUAAAAGGAAGAGAAGGAAUGAUAACACUGAAGUCGAAGCUGCGCCAAAGAAGGCUGUCAAGAAGACUUUUAACGCAGAGAGGGAUAUCGAGUUAUAA